UCCAGCUCACAGUUGUUACAUCCUAAGAUGCCCCCCGAUGAGGCGGUGGAUGUUGUUGGUAGCACACUGACGGAGCUCUGACACCUCCAGCUCUCCAGCUCUCACACACUGGAUGAGUCGAGCUGACAGCGGCUCUGUAAGCUGAACCAACAGCAGAGAUAGAGGAGGAUGGAGAGGGAGAGGACCGGAGCUGUGGAGGAGUAAACACCGACACACAGUUCCCUUCAGCUGGAGCCUUCAGCUAGCAGCUAGCCCCUCUACGCUAGUCCAGUAAGCAGCUAAUGCUAGCUCUCCAUCAGAGGAGCUGAGAGCUGAUCAGCUCUGACAAGUUCAUCCCAGAGUCUGUUCGUCCUAUGAGCUGUGAGAGCUAGUCGUCCUCUGCGCCAACAUGUCCACCACCUCGCUGGAUAAGGAGCUGGAGGAGCGGCUGAGAGAGGCGGCUGCCAUCGGGGACAUCGAUGAAGUGAGGACAUUAGUGGAGACAGGAGUCAACGUGAACUCUCAGAACGAGAUCAACGGCUGGACAUGCCUGCACUGGUCAUGCAAGAGGAACCAUAAGCACAUAGUAUCCUACUUGCUCAGUUAUGGAGCAGACAAAGAAAUCCUCACGGCGAAGGAUGAGUUGGCCUCGCAGCUCACAUCCAAACCAGAGAUCAAGCGACUUUUAGGAGUUGAAGUGGAGGACGUGCCUGAAUUGAAGGAGCCUGAGUUGCCAAUCAUCCCCAACUACCUGUCCAACCCGGCCUUCACGUAUUCCAAGAUGGAUAAGUCAGAGAUCAUCCUGGCCCAGCACCUUGCACAGAAUGGUUCUGGAGAACACGGCGAGGACACGCAGAGCGACUCGCCGUCCCUCUCCCCGACUCACGAGCCUCAGAAAUCACUGAGCCUGCUCUCUGACGGCGGUGCCACUCCCCCCCCAAACCCCGCCGCCCACAGCCUAGCCCAGGCUGGCGACUUCAUUCCCGUGACUGAACAAAACGGCGUGUCGUCCGGCCCGGCUUCGUCCCACAACCACGCCGUCGUCAACUGCACGGUGCCCAUGGACCUGUCGGUGGAGCCGCACCUCGUCAACCACGCCGACUACCCGCACACGAUGGCGCACAACGGCACCAUGUGCUCGCCUCCGUUGGCCUCGCCCAGCCCCAGCUUGGCCAGCAGCAGCGGGAGCCAGGUCCAGGCCCCGGUGGCCGGCAACAACCCGACUAUGAGCAGGCAGCAGUCUAUCCCGCAGCAGCUGAGCUACGGCCAGGCCGGUGGACCCAUGGCCGCCUUCCAGCCUUUCUUCUUCACCAGCACCUUCCCCGUCAACGUGCAAGAGUUGGUGCUGAAGGUGCGUAUCCAGAACCCCAACGCCCGGGAGAACGACUUCAUCGAAGUGGAGCUGGACCGCCAGGAGCUCACCUACCGGUCCCUCCUGAGGGUCUGCUGCCGUGAGUUGGACAUCGGCGUGGAGCACGUGGAGAAGAUCCGCAAGCUGCCGAACACCAUGUUGAGAAAGGACAAGGACGUAGCUCGGCUGCAGGACUUUCAGGAGCUGGAGGUUGUGUUGGAGAAAGCAGAGGGCUUGUCCCUUUUCUCCGGGACUGGCCUAACAGACAGACCCUGCUACAACAUGAAGGCUUCCCGCCUCACCUACUAGAGCCUCCACAGAGCCCCCGAGGUCUCCCCCGCUUUACGACUGGGCUUCUGUAGCUUGCCCUCAAGCAACCAUAACUAGUUGCCCGCCCAGGUCCCUUGUUACAGCUUCGUCCGGCUUUGGUGUUUUCGCCAAUUUCCUAACUGGGGAUUUGUUUUUUUCAAAGUUCUGUAGCUAUUGUCCUCCUCUGGCCCUCCUGCCGCUUUAGUGUACCCAACCAGUUGUAAGCGAUUACUGAUGCAUGGUGUCCUCGAUUAUGUGCAAAAGUAUUUGGGCCCCUCUCUCCUCUCUUUAUCUCGACUCUUUCUCUCCUCCCCGCUGCACUUUGUGCCAAGGCUGUGGUGGGACAACAGAGGGAGGCAUUGGCUUGUCUUCCUUACGGACUGGACUUGAAUAGGAUUCUGUAAUAGCCUUAUUUGGACACACAUCCCUCUAUACUGGCUGUGGACUCUGGUCUGAUAAGACCAGAGAGCAGAGGACGACAGGAAGGAUUUACAUAACUGUUAACCGAUAAGUUCAUCAUCAGUCCACAGGAUGGGACAAGUUGGACUUGCACACAGCAACUUGAAUUUCUAGCGUUCUAUGAGAUGCUCCAGCUGGCGUACACACUUUCAUACAUGCUGUAGGCAUUAACCUUAGUGUCUUUCCUGCAGAGGGCAUCCAUUACUGGCCUGGUGACGAAGGGAUCUCUGGACUAGUAGUACUUCUAUUUGCAUACAGUAAUGCUUUAAUCUAUAAUAUCCACACAAGGAUGGACACAUGUUGAGUACUGGUUUCCCUACAUGUUUGAAUCAUCCAGUCACACACUGUGGAAAAGAACGUUUUGUUUGAAUUUGUGUCUUUUCAUGUCGGACGAAAAAAGUUUCUAUCUUAGAGAUAAAUGUGCAGCAACUAAUUUUUAUUUUCUACAAUAAAUGAUCACUUGUGCUUUGCAGGGUGCCGUGCUACUAUAGGUUCAGUCAGCAUAACACUAACUACUGUCAACUGUGAAGUAUUUAUUUUAAAUUGUACUAAUGAAGCGAGACCUUUGUUUUAGAGUAGCAAGGCUUUAAAGGUUGUGAAGAUACGAGGCUCUCUGCUUGGUUUAUCCUUAUGAGUUGAGUUCAGUUGCUGUCCUUCUGUUUAACUGUGAUUAGAAUCAAAAACCAAAAAGUAAUCUAGCCAGCAAAGAUAAGAAUAACUGCAGACUAAACUAUCACUGCUUCAGAAGAGAACGCAGCCUUGUUAGACUUUUUGUUCCCCCCCGAAGCGAAGAGGAAAGAAAUCGGAUGGUUUUAUGAUUGAGUGCUUCCUCCUUCCUCCAGCUCUUCUUAUUUCUCACACCGUCGCCGUCAGUUUAAACUUAGGCGACUAGAUUUCUUUAAAAUAUUGAUAUAUAUAUAUGGCUUCAGUUUGGUUGACAAGGUCUUCUGCUAAUAUUACAUUUUUUUAUUAACGGAAAUGUUGAUGUUUUUUAUUCGGUAGCUUAAUCAGAAGAAGUGCUGCUGUCUGACUUUAAAUGGAGACGACGAAACUAAAAAGCGUUCUUGUACUGUACAUUAAGAGUUUAACAGGUGAAGAGGUCGGAGGGUUUAUGCUGCUUUCAUCAACACUUUAUAUUCCUUUUUAAUUCUGGAUGCUGGGGCUCGUUGGUUUGAAGCAGCGCAGUAGGCGGCCACUACACACGUCCUACAAUCAGCCCAGUGGUUAACUGUUUACUGUUGAACAUGUAUACCUUGAAGCUCUUACUGUAUUUGUAUGUUUUCAUGAUCUAUCUUUUAUUAAUUUGUAUAAUUAUUUUUUGUUUUUAACCAGUUAGGCCUGUUGUGUUUGUGUCAAAAAGUCUGCAAGGAAAGUGCAAUGUGGGGGGGAGAAGGAUGUGUUUGCAGUGAGAAGGAAGGACUACAGAGAGUGCUCAUCUUCUGUUCCCGACUACGUUACAAUGCUUUAUUAUUACGUCAAGUUGUGCCACAUGUUUUCAAGGCAGGAUUGAAGGCUCGGUUGAGAAAGUGGGACAGUGUACGGAGGACGUUUGGUGCCCCGGGUGAGUGGAAGCAGCAUGUUUUGAAAUGGGCUUCUUUGAUUCUGUGGAAAGGAGAUAAGGAACGUUGUGUUGCUCAUUGUUCUAGAAAAAGCAGAAUACAGUUUGACCUAACCUAUGCAUUCAGAGUCUGAUAUUUUUAUAUACAGUACGUCCUGUGCACUGUUAAAGUUGUGUUCUUUUCGUUCUGGAGACCUGUUAUAUCUGUUCUUUGAUAAAGCAUGGAGAAUCA